AACAACAAAGAGGUAGUGCCUGGUUCUUCUAUGUACAUUUUUUUUUUUGGGAAGAUUUCUUAUUAUCUUUCAAAAUUGGGUUUCUUUUUUUCUUUUUUCAGGUAUGCAGUUGUCACAGGGGCUAAUAAAGGGAUUGGAUUUGGCACAGUUAAGCAGUUGGCUUCACAUGGGGUCACUGUGGUGUUAACUGCUAGAGAUGAGAAGAGGGGUCUUGAAGCUGUUGAUAAAUUGAAAGAGUUUGGCCUCUCUGACCUUGUGGUUUUCCAUCAGCUUGAUGUUACAGAUCCUUCUAGCAUUACUUCCUUGGCAGAUUUUGUCAAAACCCAAUUUGGGAAACUUGAUAUCUUGGUGAACAAUGCAGCAAUUGCUGGAAGCCAAGUAAAUCCUGAAGAUUUUAGAUCAGCUAAGCCUGAAGAAAUCCGUUGGGGGGAAAUACCGACGAUACCGAACUACAAGUUAGCAGAAGAAAGCCUGAAAACAAACUACUAUGGUACCAAAAGAGUGACUGAAGCACUUUUGCCCCUCCUCCAGCUAUCUGAUUCACCAAGAAUCGUUAAUGUUUCUUCCGGUGUUUCUAAGCUUAUGAAUUUUCCAAAUGGAUGGGCUAAAGAGGUACUAAGUGAUGCCGAGAGCCUUACAGAAGAGAGAAUAGAUGCAGUGUUGGCUAAGCAUUUAGAAGACCUUAAACAAGGUUUGGUAGAAAACAAAAGCUGGCCAACUAUCUUUCCGCCCUAUACAGUCUCAAAAACAGCUGUGAAUGCAUACACUAGAAUUCUGGCCAAGAAGUACCCAAACUUCUACAUCAAUUGUGUGAGCCCUGGAUUUGUCAACACAGAUAUAACCUUCAAUACUGGAACCUUAACCAUCGAAGAAGGUGCUGAAAGCCUUGUCUGGUUGGCGCUGCUCCCCAAUGGCGGUCCUACUGGCCACUACUUUUCUCGCAAAGAAGUGACACCUUUUUGAAUAUUUAUGAUUACCACAGAGGUUUUUCAUAUGUUUCAUGAAUAAUGAUCAUCGAGAGUUCAUGUACAAUAAUGUAACAG